UUUUCCCACAACACCCUGCUCCUGCUCUCACAGAUGACGAAAAUGGCGGACAACGCAUCAUCGGUCGAGAUUGUUGAGGGCUGUCGCCUCCCCGUUCUUCGUAAAAACCAAGAACACGAGGACGAAUGGCCGUUGGCUGAAAUUUUAAGUGUGAAGGAAGUCUCUUCGAGAAAGCUUUACUAUGUUCACUAUAUUGACUUCAACAAGCGACUGGAUGAGUGGGUCACAGGGGACCGGCUGGACAUGAAGAAGCUUCAGUUCCCUAAGAAAGAAGCUAAAACGCCAACCAAGAAUGGUCUUCCAGGCUCCCGUCCCAGUUCUCCGGAGAGAGAAGUGAGGAAGAGUCUAGAUCUCAACGUACAGUCUGCCACAGCUCCUUCCAGAGGCAAAACCCUCCCCACACCGCUAUCGGGUCAUGCUGAGCUGCAUGGGACUCCAGAAAUAAACAACCAUGACAUAAAAAAGGAAGAUGCUGAUCCGGUUGUGCAGAUCACGUCUGGAAGUGGUUUAACACACAGCGUUUCCAAAUGUUUGUCAAGUGUAUGCACUGGACUUGUCAAGCCACAUUUCAACUUCAAGUCUUUCAAGAAGAGAAAAGUAGAGGCCGUCUCCUUGGCGACUCAGGUACCCCCGGCCACCCCUGUGCCCUCCCUGCCAAGUUCAACUGAAGCCUCUCAGGCCUCUGUUUUUCCUGCUGUGAGGGAUCCCAACACGUUUAAAUCCCGGGAAGACCAUGAACCGAUCUCCUCGCUCACAACGAACGGCACAGCCCGGCGCCUCAUCCCCUCGCAGCCCGGGAGGAAGAGAAAAGCUAAUUGUGGGGGAACUGACGAGAUGAUAAAGGUUUUGCAGUACAACAACCCUCAAAGUGCCAGUGUCUUUCUACCACCACCAGAGGAUUCCCAAGACAGUUCAGACGGCAUCCCGUCUGCACCCCGCAUGACGGGCAGUCUGGUGUCCGACCGCAGCCAUGACGACAUCGUCACCAGAAUGAAAAACAUUGAGUGUAUAGAGUUAGGACGUCACAGACUGAAGCCCUGGUACUUCUCACCGUACCCACAGGAACUCACCGCUUUGCCCAUCCUCUACCUCUGUGAAUUCUGUCUCAAGUACCUCAAAAGCCUGAAGUGUCUCCAGAGGCAUUUGACAAAAUGUAAUCUAAGACAUCCUCCAGGCAACGAGAUCUACCGCAAAGGCACCAUCUCAUUUUUUGAGAUCGACGGCAGGAAAAACAAAACUUAUUCCCAGAACCUGUGUUUACUUGCGAAGUGUUUCCUGGACCACAAAACCUUGUAUUACGACACAGACCCUUUCCUCUUCUAUGUAAUGACAGAGUAUGACUCCAAAGGCUUCCACAUCGUGGGCUACUUUUCUAAGGAAAAAGAGUCGACUGAAGAUUAUAACGUAGCCUGCAUCUUGACCUUGCCUCCCUACCAGCGGAGAGGCUAUGGCAAACUGCUCAUUGAGUUCAGUUACGAGCUGUCCAAGGUAGAAGGGAAGACGGGGACUCCCGAGAAGCCCCUUUCUGACCUGGGUCUUUUGUCCUAUCGUUCCUACUGGUCCCAGACCAUCUUGGAAAUUCUCAUGGACCUUAAACCUGACAAUGGAGAAAGGCCGCAGAUUACAAUCAAUGAAAUCAGUGAAAUCACAAGUGUAAAGAAAGAAGAUGUCAUUUCAACGCUUCAGUACCUAAACCUCAUCAACUAUUACAAGGGUCAGUACAUCCUGACUCUUUCAGAGGACAUUGUGGACGGUCAUGAAAGAGCGAUGCAGAAGAGACACUUGCGCAUAGAUCCAAAAUGCCUUCACUUCACCCCUAAGGACUGGAGCAAGAGGGGCAAGUGGUAGAGUCCCGGUUCACUCAAUACCCCCCUCCACCCUCCACCCCCCACCCCAAACCGCCAGAUAGCAGACUUGAAGGAACCAGUGGAUCCGAUCAAGGUUUUUGUUUCUCACGUAGAACCUCCAAAACCUUGUUGAACCCAGGACUCUCUUUCAGACAUGACACAAUGAACAUGAAUUGUCACUUGAGCUGCAAAAACUUUUAUUGUGAAUAUUCAUUGUAUAUUGUGAAUUCAAAAAGCUCUCGAACUUGGGGACAAAAGAGAGACUGGUUAACCGUGACGCCGCCAAAAUAUAGAACACACCUUCUACUGUGUAAAAGAUCCUGUUUAUGACCAACAGUGCGUUUAAAAGUCAGAUAGGGUGUUUGUUCAAUAGUGUACAUUCAAGCCUACAAUGGCAAACUUACAGACCACCUAAUGGAAACAAUAUUGUUUUCUAGAUCUACAGUGAAUCGCUUCAUCUGUUGACGAGUCCACAUUCUGUACAAAUCACAGAGCAUUUGUUUCCUUAAAUUCAACAAGGAACGGUCGUUUUGUUUUAAGUGUGUGAUUUUUGUCUACAUGCUUUGUAUCUGCCACAACAAGAAGUGGUGUUGAAAUGUUGUCGUCAAAAUUAUUAAUGUACCUCACAAAAUGUCAUAUUCCUGGUGUGUGAUACUUUCCAACAACGUCACUGUUGUCAUACAAGUCAUAUUUAAGAAACCGUACUUGAUGACGAGUACAAGGCUUAAAGCACUCCUUAAACAAUGGGACGGCACUCCAAAAUCUUGUCUUCACUUUCUACUCCAAGUUCACCUUUUUUGUACGAAGUGUGCAGGAUUCAAAAUCUCUUGAACACCUUCCCGGACACUUGCACUCACUUAUGAACAAAGACUCAAUGAAAAAUGUAUUGUGAGUUGGUAAAAGGAACACAAUAUUAGGAUCUGCAAACAUUAUAAUUCUCAUCUCGGCGCACAGAUAGUAACUUUAAGUUUAUUGGGAUUCUCCGCCAGUGCCUGAAUAUUUUUUUUUUGUUGGUCUAUCAAAGAACAGCGAGGACAGAAAUGUUCUGGCAGUAAUAUGGCUCACUUGUAAAUAAAACAAAAUACAUGUAUUUAAAUAAACGGCCAAAACAGCUUUGAUGAAGACAAACAUUUAAAAACGAGCAAAGUCUACCGUUAUAAUAUUGCUUAAGAGCCAAUGUGGACACUUCAGGUUUCUUAACUUUUAUAGUAGCAAGGCUGCUUUCAUUUCCCUGUUUUAUAUUGUUGGAAGUAUUUAUGCUCUUUGUGAUCAUUCAGGAGAUUCUUCCUUUUUUAAUAUAAUUCAGUGUCAUAAUCAUCUGUGGUGCAAUGAGACAAAUCAAUUCCCCACCACAUGUUACCCGUAACUGUACAUAAUGGACCUGAUUGUAAAAAAACAACAAAAAAAGCUGAGAAGACAGAAGCCAUGUUGAACUGUUAGAGGAAUGUAAAUUUUGUGUACAGUUGUCCUUCGUGUCUUUUUUUUACUUAAUGUAAACUAACUGGCUGCACAAUAUCAACAGGAAAAGACAAAUGGUAUCUUAUACUUUCGGUUUGUGUUUUAUGUUUACAUGUCACAAAGGUUGUUAAAUUUACCCUGUUGAAAGGAUUUAGUACAUCUUUAAGUGAAACACAGUUGACAGUAUAAUUUGAGCAUUUGAUAUAAAAAGGUUCUUGACUUGAUAAAAAAAACUCUUAAAAACUA